GAAAAACGGGAUGCAAAACUGCAAAAAAUGUUUGUUUUUUGUAUGCAAACGGUCGACGCAUUGGUUUCAAUAGCUGAGCUCUCACAAAUACCCUUACGACUAUACCUGCAGGGUGUACUGAUUGCUGAUCAAGUCAAAUUUGAGAACCGUGCUACUGUCGCAUAUGAAUUCUUUUCAAAGGCGUACUUAUUUUGGGAUGGUCGCACAGCGGAAAGGCAGUCACCGAUGCGGGAUUCCGAACAGGUGUUGAGUUGCUUAAAAAAAGCGCUGCGAGUUGCUUCACAAUGCAUGGAUCCGAUUGUUCAAGUCCAUCAUUACAUCACUGUUUUCAAUCACUACCUUUAUUUUUACGAAGCUGGAUGUGAUCGGAUCACAAUUGAUAUGCUGAAUCAGGUAACCGCUAGGAUUCGAGAAUCGGUGAUACAGUUGGAGCCCUCAAAUGAAGCCGAACAAAUCACGACAUAUUUCAACUUAACAAUAGCACAUAUCAGAAAUGUUAUGGAGAGCAAGGAGCACGAUGUGAGUUACGAGGGUAUUGUUAUCUAA